GAUGACAUCCACGAUGUAAAGUUAUCAGUGGUUUAAAUAUGUGUCUUCCCUCUAAAAUAAACGUUUAAAAGAAGUGUUUUUUGCGGAACCAGCUUUAAAACUGUCCUGAAAUGACAUAAAGAAGAAGAAACUGUACAAACCGAAAAUGAUGGAACCAGAGGUACUGACGGAGGUCCCUGCAGAGCUGAAGCGUCUGGCCAAACAGGUGGUGCGUGGUUUCUAUGGAAUAGAGCACGCUUUAGCUCUAGAUGUGUUAAUCCGGAAUCCAUGUGUGCGAGAGGAGGACAUGCUGGAGCUGCUGAAGUUUGACCGCAAACAACUCCGCUCUGUACUCAACACGCUGAAGGCAGACAAGUUUGUCAAGUGCCGCAUGAGAGUAGAAACAGCCCCUGAUGGGAAGACAACGCGACACAACUACUAUUUUAUAAACUACAGAGUUCUAGUGAAUGUGGUCAAGUACAAACUGGAUCACAUGCGGCGGAGAAUUGAAACAGAUGAACGUGACUCAACAAACAGAGCGUCCUUCCGCUGUCCCUGCUGCUUCUCCACCUUCACCGACCUUGAGGCCAACCAGCUCUUUGACCCUAUGACAGGUACUUUUCGCUGUACCUUCUGCCAAACUGAGGUGGAGGAGGAUGAGUCCGUGUGCCCGGAUGCCAGGACACUAGUGGCUCGCUUCAAUGAGCAGAUUGAGCCCAUCUAUGCACUACUGCGAGAAACUGAAGACAUCAACCUGUCGCAUGAUCUACUGGAGCCAGAGCCUACGGAGAUCCCAGCUCUCAAACAGAGUCGUGAAAGAGCCGCAGCUGCUGGAAACCCAGGUGGCCCACAUCGCGAGGCCUGGGCUAACAAAGGCUCCUACUCCGACCUGUACACUCAGAACAUGGAUAUCCGCAUGGACGAGCAGCAGAGGCAGGCCAACGAGGGCAAACCUCCCAAAGAGAGGCCCAUCUGGUUAACUCAGAGCACAGUGCAGGGGGCAGACACAGAGCCGGAUAUCAUCAAGAGCCAUGGAGAGGCUGUACCAGGAUCACAAGAUGGUACAGCGGGAGGACAGAUGAAUGAGAACGAAGAAGUGAUGCGUGCUCUGCUUAUUCAUGAAAAAAGAAGUGUGUCGGGCUCUGGAUCCACUGCCACCGCCGCUGCUGCUGCCAGGGGGCUAACUGUGGCUACGGCUAACGCUAGUGACUCCGAAAGUGACACGAGCGAAUCAGAUGAUGAAGCCCCCACAGCCCCGCCCACCGCCCCUCAACGCCACAUGGCCGAAGAUGAUGAUGAUGAUGAUGACUUUGAGGAGGUUGGGGAGGAGCACAUGGUGAUGGUAGGAGGAAGGCCAUAUUCGUACAGAGAGGUGAGCGAGAGGCCAGAGCUGGUGGAGCAGAUGUCCUCACAGGAGAAGGAGGCCUAUAUUGAAAUGGGGCAAAACCUAUUCCAGGACAUGUACUACUAAGCAUAUGUACGAUUGGUUGUAUGGUUGCGGAUGUCUUCACUGCACAGUAAUGGUAUAGGGUGGAAACGGCAUGGUAACCAGAUUAAUGAGGUUUAAAGGCAUUUUGCUGUCCUAUUUGCAUAAUUUUAC